UUGUCCAAACGUGACCGCAUGUUCUGUGUACAGGUAGAAGAGAUACAAUAAAUAUUUUUUUUGUACCUCAUGGCUUCUGUCAGUGACCUGCAUGCACGACGAGAUGAAAAGAAUAAUACACGCACUCUGUUUAACUCAGAAGGCGUUUAUGAAGCAGCAGAAGAUAAUUCAUCCCAGAUCAUUCUGGAGACCCCAGAUCCUGAUAUCGUCAAAACAAUUUCACAUUAUUUCGAGGCUGCUCUCAGUGGGCAGAAAUAUGUGGUAUCCCACCCCGUCACAGACCAUGGUACUGAGUCUUCAGCAGACAGCAGUGAUUCAGGGGACAGCCUGUUCAUAACUCAAGUGCCAGUGUCUGAGGUGGUGAGGUCUGUGAGAAGAUGUCACUCAAAGGAGAGGUCAGAGUUCACAUGUACCAUAGAAUCAGGGGAGGAAGAUGGACCUGCCACUCCCCAAAGGAAGCAGCAGGUCUCACCUGCAAUGAAACAUCACAAGAGGAAAGCAGAGAAGCAUGGCCUGAAAAAGUACUCCUUUCCCUUCCUGGGGAGCAUUUACAGAAGUAAACACCUAUCUAGUAGAGAAAGGGCUUACAGAAACACACACCUACCACUAUUAAAGAGUGUGACCUUCGCGAGUAAGGCAAUUGGAGGCUUUUUUAGAUGUGUCAAAACACUGAAGAAGUUCUCUAAAGGAAAAGUGACUUUAGCCUCAGCUUUACCAAAUAGAUAUCUGGAUGAGGAAGGUGAACUAUCUCCACUGUCAGAACAGGAGGAGGAAUCUAAAGGUAGUGAUGAUGACAUCAGAGUGGUGGAAAAUGAACUUUUAACGCCAUUUCUGAAAAAGAAAAAAAGGCAAACUUGGCGUCAUCCAUUAUCUGAAGCUGAAAAGCAAUGCAGAAAGUUUUCAUCUGUAAGCAAAUACUUCACCACCAAGACAAAGAAACAGAGCACAAAGAAAACACAACACCUCCCUCAUGUCAAACAAACUCUUUCCUUGGUUUCCAAAAUGAUUAAAGACACAACAUCAAAGCGGAGUGUUGCUGGAUCACGGCGAAUCAUACCUGAGAAAUGUAACAUGGCAGAAGAGGAGACUAACCCAGAGUCAGUCAAUUGCGUUAGGAGAUGUUCAUCUGGUAGGAGUUUGGUCCGCAAUGAAACUGAUGCAGAAGAACCUGGGAUACAAUUAGCUGACAAUACAGAUGGACAGGAAGAGAACGACAACAUGGACAUUUCAUUGACAGAAUGGAAGACAAUGCUGAAUAUCGGAUUUGUCAGUGAGGAAGGAGAGAGGAGUAGAAUAGACCAGGCAGUGGACAUAAUGAGUUCACCAAUUAAUGAAGUGCAGGAAAGUGAAGGAAGCUGUUUGGAGAGGACCCAAGUGAACAGAGCCAUGACCUCCAGUGUGACUGGACCUUGCCCUGAUCGUGACCAUCAGAACCAGACAAGAGAAACAGAGGCUGAUCCUGGAAUUAAAGGUCACAACCCCCCUUCAACAGAUCUAGAGCUCACAAAUGACUGUACAAAUGUUGAUGCUGGGGGAGACGAUGAACAGAAGGGAAAGAAGAGGAAGAAAAAGAACAGGAAAAGAGAGAGAGGAGAUGAUGAAAGUAUAGAGGACCGAGUUGGGCAGAAUCAUAGCCAAGAGGCUCCAGAUGAUCAGGAACUAGUCACCUGUGUGAGUACAGGCACCAUACAGGGAGGAGAGGCUACUGAGAUAACCCAGGAUAACAAGGCAGAGCAUUCCGUGUCUGGUGAAAUGAUUAUGCCACGUAAAAAGAAGAGAAAAAAGGAGAGGAGGGAGUCACCAUGCCAGGCUGAUACAGAUAUAGGGCUAAGACAGGAAGAGAACGCCAAGCUAUCAUCCCAUGCUGGAGGUGGUGCUAUAGUUCAGACUGAUGACAUAGAACUGAAGAAAAUAAAGAAAAAGGAUAAGAAUUCCACAGCACAUGCCAUCCCGGAGGAAGGACCAGAAAAAGAACAUUUUCAGAACUUGAGUUUAGAAUCACAGUUAGAUGAGGUAAUAGGACCCCAAAAGGGAACAAACAUUUCAACCCUCCCUCAAGAUACUGACACAAACCUACAGGUAAACACUACUGAGAUAAGACAGAAAACAAUUGAGUGCUCUAUAGUCCAACUUACUGAAUUUGUAGCCCAGAGAAAGAAGUAUAAAACCAUGGCACCUAUAGAGAAUUCUUUGGCACGGAGUGAUGGCACAGUUUCUUUUAGGAAGAAGAAAAAGGCAAAGAAAGAUUGGGAUUCCUUCUGCAGCAAUGAAAUGGCUGGGAAUGAUACUGAAAUUCCUCUGUCUACAAGUACUUUAUCUCAAUCUGGUGAAAUCGAUACACUGGAGAAGAAAAAACACAAACGAGAUAAGAAACAGAAUUCUGACACACAUGAAGAUUCUGAGACCAGACCCAAAGAGAAUGUUAAGACCCAUGAGCGGUCUGAAGACAUGUUCACGGAGAAGAAGAGGAAAAAGAAGAAGAGGAGGAGAUCUUCAACUGACGAGGGCGCCAUUGUUCAACAACAAGAGGAUAAUACUCCAAAAUUCCAUGUCACCCUCAAGAGUUCUGUGUCUGAAUCCAUUGACACUGUGCCACCAAGAAAGAAGGAGAAGAAAGAUAAAGAUAGGGAUUUAGUAACUCCUUUGAGCGCAGAGGAGAGCCAUCAAAAGGACAACAUACCACCUGAAACAGAUGAGAUCACUAGCCCAAGAAAGCUGAAGAAAAAAAAGCGAGAUGGGUCUAAAGACACUUGUUCUGUCAUACACAAGGAUACAGCAGCUCCACUGGAAAAAGAGAGUAUUGGCAUAUCUUUGGAGGGAUGUGAGAGUUUUGCUUUGACACCAGAUUACAUGGUUUCUCAGAGAAAAACAAAGAAAAAUAAGAAUUCCCUCACCCAACAUGAUCCUGAGGAAAGACUGAAAAAUGAUGCAACUAAAAUAUCUCAGAGGAUGAGCGCAGCUGUUAAAAAUUCUAGACCGGAAGAGAAAAAAGAGAUAGUUACAACUGAAGUGAGACUUGAAGCUGAAAGUGCCUUUAUAUCCUCCAAGAGGAAGAGGAAAAAGACAAAGAGGAGGAAAUCCACUGAUAACGAAGCACCAGAGGUAGGACAUCAAGAUAAUGAUAACACUGCAAUAUUAAUUGAAACGACUCAGAGUUCUAUCACCCAAUACACAGAAACAGAGUCACAGAAAAAGAAGAAGAAGAAGAAGAAGAAAAAUAGAAAAACUAACAAGGAAUCAGUUGCCCCGGAGGGCACAGAUUGAAGACAGGCCGGGGAGAUGAUGUCAGCGGCAGCGUCAGACUCUCUGCCUUUACCACAGAUUAAUCCUGAUCCUGUAUCAAACUCCCAUGAACUGGUUUCAUCAGCAGAGAAGAAGAAAAAGAAGCAUGGAAAAGACAAGAGGGUGAUGUAUGUAUAAUGCAAAUCAGGAUUACUUCGCAACUGAACACAAUGACUCAGUGGUGAUGACAUGAAGCAUGCCAUCUGAAUAAAACAACCCAUAGCUUGGAGAGGAUUUUUGAUGGGUGGCCUUUGGUUAUAAGGGAACAGAUUUUUAAAUGAGUGGAUUCAUUGUACAGCACCUCGAUGGCGGCUAUUCUUCCACUCUUUAAAGACGCUUGUAUGAGCAUUCAGAUGAGCAAUUAACAUAUUCAGAUGAUAAAUGUGCAUGCAUAGGCUACUCAGAUAAACAGUGAACGUUUUCAGUGUAAAGUUAACACUAAAUGGUGUUUUGUAAAUAAUAUUUCUUAUCCUACCCUGCCACCUAGUGGACAUCAUAAGACAACACCAUACUGGUUUUACUCAUAGACUGGUUUUAUUACAGUGUAAGUAACAUGUUUAUAACUUGGAUUCUAGUGUCAUGAUGUUUCAUUAUGCCUACACCAUAUACUGUAUGCCAGUGCUGCAUGAGAGAGUGAUUAAUGUGUACAUUUAAUCAGAUUUGUUUCUUGUUCAGUUUUGAAAUAGAUUACAUUUCUAAUGUAAUUCCCUUCAGUAAGGGACAUUGAUGCAAUAUCCAUUGUGUGCAGUGCAUUGUAUGAAGGCCUAGUCUAAACAUUGCCUCCACAACCAUUAUAGAUAUAGUAAUACUUUUGAUAUUAGCCCCAUACUAGUGUACUUGUAAGUAUGACUGUCUAUUGAAGGAUACACAAUAAAUGUACAGUUUAUUAAUGUUUUA